AUGAAUUUUUGUGGUCGGCAAAAGGUGGUGCAGCGGAAGAUGGUGCUGCUCGGUGAUGGAGCGUGCGGGAAAACAUCGGCUUUGAAUGUGUUUACUCGAGGGUUCUUCCCUACUGUUUACGAACCAACGGUUUUUGAAAACUAUGUCCAUGAUAUCUUCGUCGAUAACACACAUAUGGAAUUGUCACUAUGGGAUACAGCCGGACAAGAAGAAUUCGACCGUUUGCGAGCGCUUUCCUAUGAAGAUACCCACGUCAUUAUGCUCUGUUUCAGUGUCGACAAUCGAGAUUCCUUCGAAAACGUAUCCACCAAGUGGAUGGCUGAGAUUCACGAAAACUGUCCCGGCGUGAAGAUGGUUUUGACAGCACUUAAAUGCGAUUUGCGCAAAGAUGAAGAACAGAACGAGAAUCCGGAUGCGGUUACUUUUGACGAAGGACUUGCAAAAGCCAAGGAAGUCGGCGCUGUCAAAUACUUGGAAUGCUCGGCCGUUCAGAAUCGCGGGAUUCGCGAGACCUUCUAUGAAGCCGCCAAGGUGGCAUUGGAAGUGAAGCCAGCUAGCAGCAGCAGUAGCCAUGGAUGCGUUAUUCUAUAA